UCGGUGAGCUAGCCAAGUUGAUUAGCCUGCUACCCUCAGCUAAUGUUUGUAGGAUUUUAUUAAUGUUAGCUGACUGGAUAGUGUCGAAAAAUGGCGGACGACGAGGGACAAGGAAUUUGUUCAGCGGUCCCUCCGUUGCCUCACCCUUCCUCUCGAAACGGCUCCGGUGGCGGUAGCGUUACACCGGGCACCGAAGGCAGCUGCCAGUCUGGAACCACCGUUACCUCAGGCCCUCGGCUUGUUCGGAUAGUGAAGUCCGAUUCGGGCUAUGGUUUCAAUGUCCGAGGACAAGUGAGUGAAGGAGGGCAGCUGAGGAGCAUUAACGGGGAACUGUACGCUCCUCUUCAGCAUGUCAGUGCUGUUCUACCGGGAGGUGCAGCAGACAGAGCCGGCAUUUCGAAGGGGGACAGGAUUCUUGAAGUCAAUGGAGUGAAUGUAGAGGGAGCGACACAUAAGCAGGUCGUGGACCUGAUCCGGGCCGGAGAGAGGGAGCUGGUGUUGGCCGUGCUACCCGUCCCACCACAGGAAGCUGAUUGCUUGGAUCCUGGAGACGACGGUUCAGCUCAGUCCUGCUAUGAUUACUCCGACAAGCAGGCUGUCCCCAUCUCUGUGCCCAGUUUCAAGCACACUGAGCUUAACCAGGAAAAGUUUGUGGUAUACAAUGUGUACAUGGCAGGCAGACAGCUCUGCUCCAAACGUUACCGGGAGUUUGUGAUCCUGCACCAAAACCUUAAGCGGGAGUUUUCCAACUUUGCAUUCCCUAAGCUGCCUGGAAAAUGGCCUUUUUCCCUGUCAGAGCAGCAGCUGGAUGCACGACGCAGAGGCCUGGAAGAAUAUUUGGAGAAAGUGUGCUCCGUACGGGUUAUUGGAGAAAGUGAUAUCAUGCAGGAGUUCCUGUCGGAAUCAGAUGAGAACUAUAAUGGCGUGUCAGAUGUGGAGUUGAGAAUAGCCAUGCCUGAUAAAACCACGCUCACUGUCAGAGUUCGCAAAAAUUCUACGACAGACCAGGUCUACCAGGCUGUGGUAAUGAAGUUAGGCAUGGACAGUGUAACAGCCAGUUACUUUGCUCUCUUUGAGGUCAUCAACCACACUUUCGUGCGUAAGCUCGCCCCCAAUGAGUUCCCCCACAAACUGUAUGUACAGAACUAUACCUCAGCCAUCCCAGGAACCUGCCUCACCCUACGUAAGUGGCUCUUCACCACAGAGGAAGAGAUUCUGCUCAGUGAUAACCAGCUUGCUGUCAACUAUUUCUUCCACCAGGCAGUGGAUGAUGCGAAGAAAGGUUUCAUCAAAGCCGAGCAGCAGUCCUACCAGCUGCAAAAGCUCGCAGAGCAGAAGAAGAUGUCUAUGUAUCUGAGUUUGUUGAGGGCUUGCGAGGGCUACAACGAGAUCAUAUUCCCUCACUGUUCCUGUGACUCCCGACGUAAGGGCCACGUCAUCACGGCCAUUAGCAUUCACCACUUCAAGCUGCACGCCUGCACAGAGGAAGGGACACUCGAGAACCAAGUGAUUGCAUUUGACUGGGGGGAGAUGCAGAGGUGGGACACAGAUGAAGAGGGCAUGGCCUUCUGUUUCGAAUAUGCACGGGGAGAGAAGAAGCCACGCUGGGUCAAGAUAUUUACACCUUAUUUCAACUACAUGCACGAAUGCUUCGAGAGAGUCUUCUGUGAGCUGAAGUGGAGGAAGGAGGUGGAAGAAGAGGCAACAGACAAGGACAAUAAGAACUGCAGUAAAGAUGGUAUGUGUGGCAAGAAUAUAUUCCAGCUGCUGAGACACAGAAGGGAUGGAGGCACCUAGGAAGGGAGAUUGUCACCUCUUAAUUACGCACUGUUGUCAUCAACUCAGCUAAUUUAAUUUAAUUUUUUGUGCAGCAACACUUGGCUAUUUACAAUAAGGUCUUCAUUUUCACUCUGUCAUCAACAACAACAACAACCUGAGGAACUUUACCUUGAACCAUGAAGAAUCUUCAAAUCUCAUAAACUGAAGCAUCAAAAACACCAAACAUGAAGCAGGAACUCUCGAGUCAUUUAUAAUCUUGCAAAAAGCAGAGCCUUGUCAGAAAGAAAUGAGGCCCCUAGAGACUCUACAUCACAGAAUUAAACUGUACAAGCGUUUUCCUCAUUGAAACGGACUUGAAGUGGAAUGUGACUUGGUCAAUAUUGGAGUAUCCGCUGGAAUUGUCCUAACGGGACAAGAAAGCUGGAGUAAAUAGGAGUGGUGGCCUAACAAGGCAAACUGAAACCUUUUAGUGCUCACACAGGUUAUUACCGAUCGUCAAUGAUCAGCAAUACUGGUGGUUUACCACAGGGAGGCAUUCAGCAUGUGUCCUCUUCAGUAAUGCAUGCAGAGAGCCCAAGAAAGCAAAGGCCAACUAGAGUGAGGCUCUGAAGUGGAUCAUACCAUGUUCAUUUUAAUCUUCUUAGCACCAAGUCAGCAUUAACAAAAGAAACGAAUCAACGUCUUAAUCAGAGAGGGAGGAGAGAAAGUAGACGCGUACGUGUAGGACAUUGAUGUCAACAGGAACAUGUUGAACUUUGGAGUAAUAUUGCACUUUAUCAAACAGUAUUUGUAGGUAAUGAAACCUAAGAAGCAGAUUAUGGGUAUAAUACUGGAAUAAGGCAGGUCUUAUUUAGUUUACAGUCCUUUUUGACUGACUACAGUAUGAUAAAGCACUGUAUUAUUGAGAUGGUGUGUGCGGAGCCAUGCAUCAAACUUUUUAUGUUCAAUGUUUUUAUGUCAAAUGAUUAUGUUAUCUGUCCAUGCAAAUAUGUUAAAGGCUGUGGAGUUUUGAGCAGUCAGGUGGCAGUGCAGUACACCACGGUGUGUGUUGCUGAAACAAAACAGCAGGGGUCCUUCUCGCUCUCCCCCUGCCAGUGGUUCAUUUGUUCCUGAGCGCUCCCUCAGGAUUUAUAAUAGGCCUGUAAUUCAAAUGUCCUUUUUGCACAGCACUAUGUGUCUCUGUAGCUCCUAUGUUCCCGUACUCUGGAACCGCCGCUCAUGCACUCCAGAUUCUGGUUAUAGUUGUAAUGAACCUGACCUUAGAUAAGGCCUUAAUGUUAGUAAUGAAAUAAUUAUAAUGUAAUAAGGUUUAAUAUGAUUAUUAUCUGACGAUGCAAUAUAGACAGGAGUCAUAAAUUUGACACUCCACAUGCUGACGUUUGAAAUCUUGCUGAUAUUACAUGUUAACUUUGAUACCAGUGUUUAAGAGAUAAGCGUAUCAGGGCUGGGCAAUGUGGCCUAGUGUCCUAGUGUAAAGUGUUAGUCAGUAAGGAUGUUAAUGAACUUGAUGUCACAACAUGGUUAAUUUAUGCAAAGUCUCAAACAAAGAUGUGAGUCCCCACUAUAACACGACAUGUGAGACCAAACUUUAGAUUCACAAAACAAAUCAAGUCAUAGUUUAACUUGAUCUAAUAUGAGACACCUGUGUAAUGUUAUCAUGACGGGGUCACAUGAUCACAAAAGAGAGUAUUAACAGAAUCUGCAAGUAAAGAGUGGUGUGGACAUCAGAAGUGCUUGUUAUCACGAUGAUGGUGCUGUGAUUAAUGAGCGAUAGCAGACCUUUUUGGGCGUGAAGGAGAUUUAACUGGAGGCCUUAAAGGCCGAACCCAUUUCUUGUCUGUUCACCCGACCAUGUCUGUAGCAGGUCUGAUAUACUGUACCUCGUGUUGUCUGUUCUGCCCGUCCUCAAGUGUGUGCUCUCUUUUUCUCACCUAUCUUCUUCUCUCUCUCUCUCUCUCUCUCUCUCUCUCUCUCUCUCUCUCUCUCUCUCUCUCUCUCUCUCUCUCUCUCUCUCUCUCUCUCUCUCUUUCAUUCUGAAUUAAUUCAUGAGACCAUUGCAUUAUUUAUAUCAGUAAGAUACCGAUUUUAACUGCGUAUCUGUUGUUAAGUUUUCCCGCCUGAUCUGGUUUGACUUUUAAAGAUACACAAAGAAGAGGAGACUGACUGACAAGCUGCAGGUUCUUUUAAAACACUGAAAUGUACAAUUGUUUGGUUAUGUCGCUUACUGUAAGAAAUUGUAACAUAUUCUUUUAAUAAACCGAUUUAUUGAUGCAA